AUGAAAUUGACUCCAUUAUCUUCCCGGAAUACCUUCUUUCUUCUUCUUCUUCGCCUCCUUCUCCGAUCGAUAAUCGCCGCCGACGACACACAACAUGCUAUCGCCGUCAACUGUGGUUCCCUUUACAACUCCACAGCCAUUGACGGCAGACAGUGGGUUGGAGAAACAGAUUCUGCUACCAUCGUUUCUUUUCAAGGAUCUGGAAGUAAAUCAGUGGUCCCUUCUUCCUCCGAUGACCACCCAUCACAAUCUCUCGAUCCCACUCCCUACAUGACAGCUCGAGCUUCUCGCUCAUCCUUCACUUACACCUUCCAUGUCGGCUCCGGCUACAAGUUCAUCCGCCUUCAUUUCUACCCAGCUUCAUACUCUGCUUUCAAAAGGUCAGCCGCCUUCUUCACCGUGAAAUCAGGUCCGUAUACUCUCCUCAACAAUUUCAGUGCGUUCUUAGCCGUCGAUUCUCUUAAUUUGAAAUCAAUCGUAAAAGAAUUCACCCUUUAUGUCCCUGACGACGGUAAACCCUUAUCAAUUACUUUCUCCCCCUCAAAAGAAAUCAUCCCUUCGGAUGAGACAUUUGCGUUUGUUAAUGGAAUUGAAGUUGUUCCCAUGCCUCUCGGACUUUACUACACCAUGGAGGGAGAUGGAGAUGCAGGGACAUAUUUGGUAGGACAUAACUAUCGAUUUCCCCUGGGCAAAGACACUGCAAUGGAGAUGGCCUAUCGGUUAAACGUUGGUGGCAUCAAACUUUCAUCCGUCCAUGACCCAAGUAUGUUCAGGGAAUGGACUGAUGAUUCAAACUAUAUCAUGGAAUCAAGUGUUUUUCCCAUCAAUUCCAUAAAUAGGAUCAAGUAUACGAAAACAUCUAAAGAUGGUGCACCACAAAGACUUUACCAGUCGUCUUGGUCAAUGAAGGGAAAUUUGCAAGAUGGUGAAGGAGUUAGUUUUACAUGGAAGUUGCCCGUCGAUUUGGGUUUCAGGUAUCUAAUUAGAUUGCAUUUUUGUGAGCUUGAUUAUGAUGCUGUGAGAGGGAACGAGCAUAAAGAGUUCAAUAUUCUCAUAAACAAUCACAUGGUUGAGUCGAAAGGAGAUUUGAUCAAAUGGGGCGGUGAAAUUGGGGUUGCAAUCCAUAAAGAUUACUUGACAACAUUAAGAGGAGACAGAAUGAUGGGCAAGAGAGACCUAGUUGUCGCUUUGUACCCAAACAACGAAGAUCAAUCAACUGAAUUCAUUGACUCAAUUCUUAAGGGGAUUGAAGUUUUCAAACUUAGCAACACUGAUGACAAUCUUGCUGGAGGGAAUCCAGUACUCUUCAAUCCUCGUGUUUCGACAAAUCGAAGGCAUAAAAUCCCAACAAUAGGUAUAAAUGAGAUUAUAAUUUUGUACAUACUUAUAGUGGUCAUUGUUCACCAACUUUGCGAAUGGAAAGAAGGAAGUUUGAGUAAAAAUCCAUCUCUAAUAGACAAUGAUUUGUGUCGUAGAUUUUCAUAUGCUGAGAUCAUAAGCGCAACUAAAAACUUUGACAAGAAAUUAGAGAUUGGACAUGGGGGUUUUGGUAUGGUCUACAAAGGGGAUAUAAAUGUUAUUAAUGGUAAGGCUAAAAUGACAGUAGCAAUUAAGAGGUUAGAUUCUAAAUCUAAGCAAGGAGAGAAAGAAUUCAUAUCAGAAAUUAAGAUGCUUUCCAAACUUAGACACAAACACAUUGUUUCUUUGAUAGGAUACUGCAAUGAUGGCAGUGAGAUGAUACUUGUUUAUGAGUACAUGGAACGUGGCACUCUGGCGGACCAUCUCCACAAGAAUAAACGUGGUGGUAGUAGCAAAAGAGCAUUGCCUCUUCUUACUUGGAAGGAAAGACUCAGUAUAUGUUUGGGUGCUGCUCGUGGGUUAGACUACUUGCACAACAAUAAUGUGCAAGAAGUCAUACAUCGAGAUGUGAAGAGCGAAAAUAUUUUAGUGGAUCUAAACUGGAUGGCCAAAAUUGCUGAUUUUGGCAUAUGCAAAGUUGAAUCUACAAGCCAUACAUAUACAAGUACUGAGGUAAAGGGAACUAUUGGCUACAUAGAUCCAAUGUACUCCUCGACCAAAAUGCUAACCAAGAAAUCAGAUGUGUAUUCUUUCGGUGUUGUGUUGUGGGAAGCGUUAUGUGGCAGACCAGCCCUUGAUAAUAAAAUCGACGACGAACAACAACAUAGUCUCGUUUUGUGGGUUCAGCGAUGUUGCAAGAAUGAUACAGUCCACAAAAUAAUUGAUUCUAGUAUGAUGGGACAAAUCUCAACUGAUUCUCUCCGGGUGUACAUUAAACUUGCCUUGGCAUGUUUGGACGAAGAAAGUAAUAGACGACCUACAAUGGCUAAAAUCAAAAAGGAUCUUGAAUAUUUAUUGUCUGAUGGUCUCAAUUUCUUAAGUGCCGCUGAAAAGGCUAUAACAGAAUUUGAAAGACAAAUUAGACUAAGGAUGACAAUGGACAAGGCACUACGAAUAUUAAAGAAAAGACUGUUGAACUUUAACCAAGAAAUCAACCUGGAAUUCAAGAAAGAAAGAUGA